AUGAUUAAACAACAGCAACCACAACAACUUAAGGCACAAAGCACCCAGGUCCCUCAGACCAUUACAUACGCCAUAUAUGCAUAUAAUUCAAAGACGGCAGAACAAACGCAAAGGUUGAAAUAUGGAGAUUUGGAGAUAAUAUUGAAAAAUAACCAUUUCGAAUUCGUUUGCAAAGGUGGUGCAGUGAUAUCAAAUAUAAAAGAAAUUUUAUUUAUGAAUUCAAAAAUUAAAGGAAUAACGGAUGAUAUAACAUCAAUUCCACCAGAAGAACAGAGAUAUUACGCAUUAAAUGCAUUUCCUAAAGUUUUGAAGAUUGGAAGAUUUAAUUUAAAUGAGGAAUUCAUAAAAGGUUUCCUAAAUGACAUAAUGGAGAAAGCAGAUAAGGAAUGUGUUGCUGCUGCGUUAGAGAAGAAAGCAGAUAAGAAAUAUGUGGCUAGUAAGGACCGCUGA